GUUUCGAUCACGUGACCUGCGCUCGGGGAAGAUGGUGGAAGUUUGUUCUUCCUCGAUCCGAAGCCCCGACAGAAGCCCGCACAUCCCGUAGACACAGGGCUGGGAGUGUAGCGCAGCCUGAACAGCUUCUCUUCAGACCCGGAUUAAACCUCCAGCCCUAUGUCAUGGCCGGGGGAUCCACCAAACCACCAGGAACGUCCAAUGGCUACCCUCUGAAAGCACAACUGCAAAUCAUUGUGUUGUCAGCAAAACUAAAAGAAAAUAAGAAGAACUGGUUUGGGCCCAGUCCAUAUGUGGAGGUGACAGUCGAUGGACAAUCUAAGAAGACUGAAAAAUGUACCAACACUCACAGCCCCAAAUGGAAGCACCCACUCACUGUGAUUGUGACCCCCUUCAGUAAAUUGGUCUUCCGCGUAUGGAGCCACCAGACCCUCAAGUCAGACGUGUUACUGGGCAUGGCCACUCUGGACGUCAGCGACACCCUCAAGAAGAAUGACAUGAAGAUCUCUGAGGUGGUGCAGACGUUACAGCUGUGCACAGACCGGGAGCAGACGGAUGUGGUGGGAGACCUGUCCGUUUGUUUGGACGGAAUGACUGUCGACCCAGAGAUGUUCGCCAACGUAGAGGCGGCUCAACACAGUACGACCAAUGGGGAGUCAUCAAAUCAACCUAAUGGAGAUCAUGUAAUAAGACGUAGUCGGGACAACUCUCCAGCUGUAGAUGGUUUGGAACACAGAGGUUCACCUGGAGGCAGGAGGCUGACCAACAACACAGGUUCUCCCUCUCCAAACACGAGACCACUGAGACCCCCCAGACCUUCUAGACCUCCUCCACCUACCCCCCGAAGGCCUAGUUCAUCACCAGCAAUAUCUUCUAACGGCCCUACAUCUGCAGAGAACAGUAAUGGUCAGUCUGGUUCUGAUACUCCAGUUAGGACACCAGCCUCUGCCUCGUCCAUAGCGUCAGAGGCCAGUCCGUCCCCGGGUCCAGAGAGAAGCUCCACUCCAGCCUCCUCUACCCCGGGAUCUACUGCCACCAGACAGCCCACCAGCACCGGCACCACUUCCGUCAGUCCAAGAGCGCCGGCCAUUAAUACCGGACCUCUCCCGCCUGGUUGGGAGCAGAGGGUGGAUCAGAAUGGCAGGGUUUACUUUGUCGAUCAUGUGGAGAAGAGAACAACGUGGGAACGCCCUGAACCGCUGCCCCCAGGCUGGGAGCGCAGACUGGACCCUAUGGGCCGAGUGUACUUUGUGGACCAUAUAUCCAGAACCACCACAUGGCAGAGGCCCACUAUGGAGACCAUGCGCAACUAUGAGCAGUGGCAACAGCAGCGCAGCCAGCUACAGGGAGCCAUGCAGCAGUUCAACCAAAGGUUCAUGCUUGGGACACAAGAUCCAGCUUCACAGGAGUUUGAUCCUCUUGGUCCUCUGCCUUCUGGAUGGGAAAAGAGAACAGACUCUAAUGGCAGAGUGUAUUUUGUUCAUCAUCCUACUCGCACCACACAAUGGGAGGAUCCUCGAACUCAGGGGUUGUUGAAUGAGAAGCCGCUUCCAGAGGGCUGGGAGAUGAGAUUUACUGUAGAUGGGAUCCCAUACUUUGUGGACCACAACAGAAGAACAACCACCUACAUUGAUCCACGAACUGGAAAAUCUUCACUUGAAAAUGGGCCUCAGAUCACAUAUGUCAGAGACUUCAAAGCCAAAGUGCAGUGCUUCAGAGCCUGGUGCCAGCAAUUGUCAAUGUCUCAACACAUAAAGAUCACUGUGACCAGGAAAACAUUGUUUGAGGAUUCCUUCCAGCAGAUCAUGAGCUUCAAUGCUCAGGAUCUGCGAAGGAGACUGUGGAUCAUCUUUCCUGGAGAAGAAGGCCUCGACUAUGGCGGAGUGGCCAGGCAAUGGUUCUUCCUCUUGUCCCAUGAGGUGUUGAACCCCAUGUACUGCCUGUUUGAAUAUGCCGGGAAAGAGAACUACUGUCUGCAGAUCAACCCUGCCUCCUAUAUCAACCCUGACCACCUCAAGUACUUCAAAUUCAUCGGACGUUUCAUUGCUAUGGCUCUUUUCCAUGGAAAGUUCAUUGACACUGGUUUCUCGCUGCCUUUUUACAAACGUAUCCUGAACAAGCCUUUGACCCUCAAAGAUCUGGAGUCGAUAGAUCCUGAAUUCUACAACUCCUUAAUAUGGAUCAAAGACAACAACAUUGAGGAGUGUGGCCUCGAGAUGUUCUUCUCGGUUGAUAAAGAGAUUCUUGGAGAGAUCACAACUCACGAGCUCAAACCUGGAGGUGGAGACAUCCAGGUCACAGAGGAAAACAAAGAAGAAUAUGUCAGAUUGGUGGCGGAGUGGAGAUUGUCCAGAGGGGUGGAGGAGCAGACCCAGGCAUUUUUUGAAGGUUUCAAUGAGGUCCUCCCUCAACAAUACCUGCAGUAUUUUGAUGCCAAAGAGCUGGAGGUAAUGCUGUGUGGGAUGCAGGAGAUAGAUCUAGGAGACUGGCAGAGGAACACAAUAUACAGACAUUACGCCCGCAGCAGCAAGCAGAUCGUCUGGUUCUGGCAGUUUGUGAAAGAGAUGGACAAUGAGAAGAGAAUGAGGCUGCUUCAGUUUGUAACUGGAACUUGUCGUCUGCCUGUGGGAGGAUUCGCUGACCUCAUGGGGAGUAACGGUCCUCAAAAAUUCUGCAUUGAAAAGGUUGGAAAAGAAAACUGGCUUCCCCGGAGUCACACAUGCUUCAACAGACUAGACCUGCCUCCAUACAAGAGUUAUGAACAGCUCAAAGAGAAACUGAUGUUUGCCAUUGAGGAGACAGAAGGUUUUGGACAAGAGUGAGCUGUGACCUGAAUCGUCGCUGGUGUUGAAAUCAGGGAUCUUCUUGUAUGAGUCCAGCUUCCUGUUGAACUGUGGUCUUCUUCUACACACUGUGCUUCAGCAGGGCCCCAGUGCCUGAAUGGUACCAGAAAAUAUUUUUAUUAUUGAAACCAAAAACACAGAAGAUUCUCCUGUCUCUCUGAAUGAGCACCAAAAUUUGCAUGAGACCCAAACCUCACCCUCAAAUCUCACUUGGAUGAUAAUGCAUAAUAAUAACUCUUCUGGCAGAAUGCAGUUAAGCUUUAUUAAAGAGGAUUAGAGUUUUCUGUAAACUACAAUUGUAAGCUUUAUUUUCAGCAAAUUAUAUGAUUCAGUACAAUUGAUAGUAUGAAUGAGCACAAAAAAAGAAAACAGGCAAAAAAAAAUAAAUACAUACAAAUAACAGCAGGUUAGCAGUUAUCUACUAACUAAAAGGAUGGCUCAAAUCCUGCUCUCCUUGUCCAUAGGUUUUUGUUAUGUGUGACAUUUUUGAGGCCUUUACAUGAAAAGAAUCACCUUUUGUAAUGUCUGCCCCUUUUACCCUGAUGUUUAAAAUAUGACCCCAGCUGCUUUCAAAUACAUCCUCCUUAACAUUGCUCCACUGUACUUCACUGACCUGUAUCUCAAAACAUAAAUAACACUAAUCAAAUGGCUAGCCUUCAGAUAAUAACUAACAGUUCUUAUAAUUUUGGUGCUUGACAUGAAUGGGAGACUAUAGCAUAACCGGUGAAUGGAGAAAGAGCCCUGUGUUCCUGGUUCGAUAGUAUUUAAUCUGUGAAUCACUUCUUGAUUGUGAAAAGUGUUGUAAACUUCACUUAUUUAUAGACUUUAACUGACCCUAGUUUUAUAGGGACAGAGUUGUGCGCCAAUACUGAAUUCUAGGAUUGGGAAUUGGGUUUGGAAGAGUAGUGUAUUUUAAUAUUCAUCUUACUCACCUUAAAUAAGUGGUGUUGCUUGAAAACCAAUAAUGAAAAGACUAUGAAAGAGCUGAAAAGCUAUAAAUGUUCACUCAAGGAUCAUGAAACAGAACAGGUUUUGUAUUAUAAAUGAAAGAGUUGGUUAGUUUUGCCAAAUAGAAAGUCGCAAUGCCAUCUCAAAGUAAAUAUGCAAUAAUACAAAAUUUUAUAUGCCAAAUUUUUAUACAUACCGUACAUACAAUCUCGGGUAAUUAUUUAUACUCAACUUUGAUUAAAAUAUUUUACAGUUAAUUGUGAAAACUGAGCCUGACCGCUUUGUUUUGUUUCUGUUUGAAGAAAUCUCUAUGCAUUCAGUAGGGCUGUAGGAUUAUGUAAAAAGUUAAGUAAAUAAUUAGCUAAAUUAUGUUAAAAUAAAGUGCAAAAAUGUUGUUUCGGGUUACAUCUAGUGCCAUUCCAGUCUAUUUAUAGAUCAUGCAGUAACCAGUGUUGUAAUGAAAACAUACUGAUCUAUGGUAAAUUUGAGCAAAAUCAGUAUUCAUCUGUAAGUGUUAUUUAGUGUAUUAUGAGGCUAAUGUGUUUUUAUCUGUGGUCAGGAUUUGUGACUUGUUUAUUUUUCAUGAUCCUUGGGUGAAAUGUAGUUUGUUGUGUUGAUAUGAAACUGCAGCAGUGUGGAAAACCUGGAGAAGAGAAGCUGUUUGUUGAUGUGACAUUAAAAACAACUGACUAAAGAAAACCUAAUGAAUGUACCACUGUAAUAGACUAAUGCCUACAUCUUCACUUCUGUGUUGUAUUGAUCUUAAACUGGGUCGAUCUUCAAAUCCCAGGGAAGCCGUAGUUAUUAAGCAAUUGUGUACAUAGGAUUUUUGGAUCUGUCCAAACCACUUUCACUCUCCUGUACAUGAAACACUGUAAAUGGUGUCAAUAACAGAUUUUCUUUUGUAAAAGAAAAGUUUUAAUAAGAGGUUUACGAUGACUAUUUUUUCUUUUCCCUGUUCAUUUUGGUUGUACAUGACAGAUGUGUGUAAUAUAAAAUGUCACAUUAAUAAAUGAAGUCAGUACUUCUGGAUACUUG